AUGGCCAAUGGCAUUGAAGAUCUUAUUAGGAUCCCAUUCCCAAACCACAGCAGUCAAGUCUUAUGUGGUUUAAAUGAGCAGUGGCAUGACGGUCUCCUCUGUGAUGUCAUCCUCAUUGUACAGGACCAGGAGUACCAGACCCAUCGGUCCGUCCUUGCUGCCUGCAGCAAGUACUUCAAAAAACUCUUCACUACUCACACUUUAACAAACCAGCCCUAUGUUUACGAGAUUGACUUUGUCGCAAAGACUGACUAUAGCACUUAUCUCAAUUUCCAAAGCGCUACCCAGUUUGGAGAGUUUUUUCCCCCAUGGCACCUGGAGGAAGAGAGAAAGAUAAAGCCCAAGGCACCCCAGCAAUGUCCCAUCUGUAACAAAGUCAUCACAGGAGCUGGCAAGCUGCUCAGGCACAUGAGGACCCAUAUGGAAGAGAAGCCAUAUAUGUGCAAUAUCUGUGAAGUCCGCUUUACCAGGCAGGACAAGCUCAAAUUCAACAUGUGGAAGCACACAGGGGAGCGGCUAUACCUCUGCAUCCACUGCAAUGCCAAAUUUGUGCACAACUAUGACCUAAAGAAUCACAUGCACAUCCAUACUGGCAUCUGGCUUGGCCACAUGGCUCCCAUCUUGGAGGUGAGCAACUAA